CAAGAGUGAUGAGUACUCGAUUGAGGGAGGGUUAAACCACAAACCAUCGACUAGAAGUUGGUGGAAUUAGUGGUAAGAAAUCGAUGGAGAUUUUUGGGAUUCAUCUGGUUUUGAUACUUUUAAUAAUUUGUUGUCCAGUAGUUUGGAAUUUGUUGAAGUGGGUGUGGUUUAGGCCUAAGAGGGUCGAGAAGUGGCUGAGGCAGCAGGGCCUCCAUGGAAAUCCUUACAGGAUCUUCUUCGGAGACUUUAAGGAAAUUACGAGGUUGCAGAAAGAUGCGAGAUCCAAACCCAUGAGUUUUUCCCAUGAUAUUGUGCCCAGAGUUGUUCCUGAACUCGAUCUAGCUCUCAGAAACUACGGGAAGCAUAGCUACCUAUGGUUUGGGCCGAGACCCGCAGUGAUUGUCACGGAACCUGAAUAUGUCCGAGACAUAUUUUCGAAGCUCGAUGUUUUCCAAAAGCCGCGCAUUCCAGCUUUUCGACGUUUGUCAAGAGGGGUAGAUUCAAUGGAGACGCACAAAUGGGCCAAGCAUCGAAAGCUCAUCAAUCCAGCCUUCCAUGCCGAAAAGCUGAGGCUCAUGGUUCCAUCCUUUUACUUGAGUUGCGCCGACAUGUUGAAAAAAUGGGAUGAGAUUAUCCCGAAUGAAGGGCCGUGCGAGUUGGAUGUGUGGAGUUAUCUUCAAACUCUCACGAGCGACGUGAUUUCGCGCACUGCCUUUGGUAGUAGUUUUGAAGAAGGAAGAAAAAUAUUUGAACUCCAAAGGGAACAAGCCCAGCGAAUCAUGGACAAACAACGCUCGGUUUACAUCCCGGGGUGGAGGUUUUUACCGACGAAACACAAUAGAAGAAUCAAGGAAAUCGUAAAGGAAAUAGAGUCAACCUUGAUGAGCAUCAUCGAGAGAAGAAUGAAAUUAAUGAAAGUCGGGGAGGGUAGUGGUGACGACUUACUUGGUUUGCUAUUGGAGUCUAAUAUAAAGGAAAUCGAAGAACGAGGAAGUAGGUUUGGAAUGAGCAUGGAGGAGGUGAUCGAAGAGUGCAAGCUUUUUUACUUCGCCGGGCAAGAGACUACCUCGACUCUACUCGUUUGGACUAUGAUUCUUUUGGGGAAGUAUACGGAUUGGCAAUCUCGAGCAAGAGACGAGGUUCUACAAGUCUUUGAAAAACGAAAACCCGAGUAUCAAGAGCUAAACCACCUCAAAGUUAUUACCAUGAUACUCCACGAGACUAUGAGGUUAUAUCCGCCGGGAGUCAUGCUUAAUCGAAUAACUACUGAAGAUAGUAAACUUGGAAAUUUGACUCUACCGGCCGGAGUGCAACUUAUACUGCCAAUCAUUUUAUUGCACCAUGACAAAGAGAUAUGGGGCGACGACGCAAAGGAAUUUAAUCCAAUGAGGUUUAGCGAAGGAGUUUCCCACGCGACGCAAGGCCAAAUGGCGUAUCUCCCAUUUGGAGGCGGGGCUCGGAUUUGCGUGGGGCUAAACUUUGCCAUGGCUGAAGCAAAAAUGGCGUUAGCUAUGAUUCUACAGCGUUACGCUUUCAAGCUUUCCGCGUCCUAUUCCCAUGCUCCUUUCACGGUGGUUACUCUUCAGCCUCAACACGGCGCGCAUUUGAUUCUUGAGAAGAUAAAGGAUUGAGAUUUUUUUGUGUUAGAAAAUGUAUGAUUAAAUUUCUUUUUCAUCUCUUAUUUUUUAUUUUUUAUUUUAUAACGUGGGAACCCGCAAUUACUACCUUCAGGUGUGCUCUAGAUAAACCUCGGUCGAACUUAACAGUCUGUAUGAUUAUGUUUCUUUGAUAUGGUGUGGAUUGUGUAUUGAGAAAUAAAGUGUGGAAUUGUUUAUUA